UGGCCCGCUCUGUUUGUCAUGUUGGUUCAGGCGGAAGCGGGAUCCUGGAAGGGAGCGCGCAUCUGCGACAGAGCCGGAAUGUCGUCAGAUUCGCGCAGCGCCGUGUAAACGUAAAGCCGAAAGCAGGGCUAACGUGCGCUGCCGGCUGGCGUCCAUGAAACGUGACGCUACUGCGGCGGAUUCCGGAGCUCGAGCUGGGAGAGAAGCUGCUGCUCCUCUUCGUCUUCUUCACUUUGAGUAACGGCAGGGAGUGCCGGUGGAGUUGUAGCUCAAAAUGGAGCUCUUUGACUGAGAGGCAAACACAGUUUUACUGUUUUGCCACGUAGCUGAUAACUUUUUACAGUAACACCAUGCCGGAAGACUGAAGUUUAUCCUUGCUUACAGCAAUAAAUAAAUAAAUAAAAGAUCGCUACAUGAUUCUCCAUGUAGUCACCUCUUUGUGCGUCCUGCUGGAGUGAAUCUGCAUCCAGAUAGGCUUGCCCUGUCCUGUGGGCUCACCCCAAAAAUGCAGAUCCACUUCAGAAUGCCUAACACCUAGAGUCCCAUGCGUCCAGUCAGUGUGGAGUCGGACGGCUCUGCUCCCGAAAGCAACUUGAGCCCCUUCGCCCCGGGGCCCCUUCCUGCCUCUGAGAUGUCACUCCUCCAGUCGCUGGGUCCUGUGCAGAGCUGGCUGGGCCAGGAGCUGGAGAAGUGCGGGAUUGAUGCUAUGAUCUACACCCGCUAUGUCCUGAGUCUGCUCCUGCAUGACAGCUACGACUAUGACCUGCAGGACCAGGAAAAUGACAUCUUCUUGGGCUGGGAGAAGGGAACUGGUAAGAAAUGGGGAAAGGGCAAGAGGAAAGGAGGGGCAGACCUGAGUGUGGAGGAGCUGAAGAAACAAGCUGCCGUGCAAUGCCUGCGUUCUGCGUCUGAUGAAAACUCUGGGAUUGAAAGCUUGGUUGAGGAGCUUUGCUCCAAACUUAAGGAUAUCCAGAAUAAACAGAAAGAAGAAAAACAAACAAGCAAGAAAUCUGACGGAUCUCAAUCUCCUGAGCUUGCUGAAUCCCCUUCAUCAAAAGAUCAGGUGGAAAUGUACUAUGAAGCCUUUCCUCCUCUGUCUGAGAAACCUGUUUGUCUUCAAGAGAUUAUGACGGUGUGGAACAAGGCCAAAGCAUGUGCGUACUCCAGCUCGUCUUCAUCUGCUGUCCCCCAGACGAGCACCGACACCUCCUCCCCAAAAGACUGCAACAGCGAAGGUGAAGCUGCCAAAGAGAAGACCACAGAGGCAUGUGACACCAUCGGUGAAAAGGCCCAGCAGCGACGCAGCAAAAAGGAAAAGGAGAAUCGUUACUACUGGGGUGCAGCCGAAGAAAGAACUUUCUCAAGCAAGAGGCAGACAAAACAUCGGUCUGAAGGAAAGUUUCGCCCACGCUCCUGGUCAUCUGGGUCCAGUGAGGCAGGCUCUAGUUCCAGUGGGAACCAGGGUGAGUUCAGAACACCAGCCAAGUCAGUAAGAAUCAGACACAAGUCCAGGGAGGCCAGCAGAAGCAAAAGGGGACGCAAUGGACAGGUGAAGCUUUCACUAAAGGCCAUUGAGAAAGAGGAACGAAAGAAUUUGGGUGGAAGCAGCAGCAGUACUGGGGGUCUGACUAAACAACAACAGGCCAUUAAAAAGGGGAAGAGGCAGCUGAAAGAGAGCCGAAAAGAUCCUGCCAGUGGAGAAAUGAAAGAGCCUGGCUGUGAGACGCGGAACAAGAAAGAGUACAUGGAAGAGCCUCUGUGGUACACAGAACCUAUUACAGAAUAUUUUGUACCCUGCAGUAGGAAGAGCAAGCUUGAGACUAAGUAUCGUAACAGACUAGAUUCCCCUGAUGUUUUUUCUGGGUCGGCUGAUAUGGAACAGCUGUCUGAGAGAAUGCAGGGAAUCUACAUCGGCAACUCCACCUUUCAGAGAGCGUACCUUGCAGCAGGCACUUUUAUUGAUGGGCACUUUGUAGAGAUGCCUGCUGAUGUUGAAGAGGCUGCUGAAUUCAACGGGACCUCAAACUGCCCUCCACCAGAGGAUAAUAGAGAUUUAGAUGAUGAGCAUCUGUCUGAAUUCACUCACUUCUAUGAAGUUGACAUUUAUCAAUCCAUAUUGGAUCCUAGUGCCUCAGACUCCGUACAAGAGAGUCGGAUUUUAAGCAUGAUCCGACAGAAGAGCAAAGAGCAAAGAGACUUUGAGGCAGAAUGUUGUUUAGUGUUAGACGGCCCCAAGCUGCAAGGGGAAAGUGCAAUAAGGACAGAUUCGGAAAGAUCUUUUGUUGCUGAUGAUUUCUUCACGCAAGAUCUGGAAAACAUAGCUCAAGUAUGGGAAUGUUAUUCAUCCUCUACUUCUGAAGAUAUUGAUGGAGAAAGCUUCCAAGGGGACUCUCCCAUUCAUCUCUCCCCCGUACUCGAUAGUGCAGUAUUCAAUGCGAGCCGGCUGCCUGAAACCCUGGAGGACUACAUCUCAGAAGCAAAAGAUGCUUCUGGUUUAAACUCUUGCUUUUCUCUCUUUGAGGUGCAAUACAAUAGUCCCACCCUUCAUUUUCCCUGCGAUUCACUUACCAUUGGUCAUGACAACACAGAUUCAAGUAGCUGUCUAGAUCCACUUGGAUAUAAACAGUCUCGUUUGCUAAUAUGGACCAAAAAUAGUGCCUUUGAUGAAACUGAACACUGUUCUAAUCUUUCAACACGAACAUGUAGUCCAUGGUCUCAUUCGGAAGAAACACGUUCAGAUAAUGAGCAAAUUAACACUCAGCCAGAGGAGCCUGCUCAGUUUCGCAAUGAAAAAACUAAUUGUAUAAUCCCACCCAUCCCUGCUAGAUAUAUAGAAGAUGAGCUCUUGGGCUUUUUACAAGAGGAUAGUAGUAGCAAACCUGAGGAGUGUAGUGUAGGUCCUGUGUCCAGUCAAACCUUCAAAAAGAAAUCCAAAUUGGAGUCCAUUUGUGGAAUACCAUUAGAGCAAGAUGAGAGCAAACCACAUAGUGCUGGCAUUUUCACAGACGACACAAACAAACCGAGUGAUAACUACAGCUCAGGGAUAAUCAAGGACAUUUGGACAGCUAUAGCAGACAGAGAUUCCGUACCAGCUCUAGGAGGAAAAAGGUCAGAUGAGGGCUUGUUCUCAGAGGAGGCAAACAACUAUCAUUGCUGCUGUUUAGAUGCCGAGACGAAGGGAGUACCAGUUCAGGAGCCUCAGAAAAAGGCAGUGCAGCGAUUGGAGUACCACCUCUGGGAGGGCCAAAAGGAGGAGCAGGGACUAUCCAAAAAUGAGCUGUCCAAGGUAGACGGUGGAGAUUACACCUCACCGUCAAAGCCCUGGGACGUAAACCCUGAGAAAGACAAUACGUUCAUUCUGGGAGGGGUAUAUGGAGAGUUGAAGAUGUUAGGCAGCAACGGGGACUGGGCAGUGGUACCACCCAGUGACACGCAAGGCAGUCUGCUGCAGUGUGCUGCCACCUCUGAUGUGGUUACCAUUGCAGGCACUGACGUGUUCAUGAACACGGGCAGCUGCUUUGCACCUGGUCACAAACCUCUCUGGAGGCCCUUGGUUUCUUUUGGGCAGUGUGACCAGGUUGGAAAAGGAGGAGAGGAUGGAUUGAACAAGGGAUUCUCUUUUAUCUUCCAUGAAGAUUUACUAGGAACUUGUAGCGGCUUCCAUGGGGAGGAACCAGGGCUUGAUUACCCGUUCUCGUCCUUCGACCUGAACUACCCCUUCUCUCAAGUCCUUCACGUGGAGUGCUCCUUUGAGCCUGAAGACAUGGCAUCGUUCAGCCCGGGGUUCAAACCCAAAUCCAUAUUAUGCUCAGAUUCAGAGAGUGAAACUUUCCAAUCACGCAUAUAUGGCAUCAAUAGAACCCAGUAUCGGGCUAUCCGUAUCUCACCUAGGACUCAUUUUCGCCCGAUAUCUGCUUCAGAGCUUUCUCCUGGGGGUGGGAGUGAGUCUGAGGUAGAGUCGGAGAAAGAGGAGAUGAGCCUUCCUGUCCUCCCUCAGGCGGACGUGUUUGAUGAUGCUCAGGCUGAUCUCAAACCGUUGGAGGAAGACGCCGAGUGCGAGGGCCCCUAUUACGGGAAGUCGGAACUGGAAUCUGGCAAGUUUUUACCCAGGUUGAAGAAGUCUGGUAUGGAAAAGAGUGCCCAGACUUCUUUAGAUUCUCAAGAGGGCACUGGCACCCUUCUGCCGAUAGCUGAGCAAGACGUUUGCUUAGACUGCGAGACUGUGGUGCCAGUGGCAAGUGGGCAAGUUGAAGACUCUGUUGAAAAGAUUGAAAAGGAAGAAUCUUGCACCGAAAAGGAUUCUUGCAGAUGUCCAGUGGCUGGUAAAAUUCCCCACUAUGGGGAAGUCUUUGACUUUGUCGAAGACAUUCAGAGGUUUCCCCUGCUAAGUAUUGGUUCGCAGGGAAGCUCUGGCAGUCAGAAAGAGGAGUGCUGGUGGCAGAACACCCUGUGUACUCCUCUGCUCCCAGGAUCUCGCUGUACAGGGAGCAGCAACAUGUAAGCUGCUCUGCUUCAGGAAGAGGAAGCCGGGGGCCAACCUGAAAGGCCCCCAGCUGUGGACCCAAACCCAGAUAGGGCCUCUUUUGGACCCAGAAACCCCUAAACCGCCUACGCCAUAAAUCUUCUUCAGAACACAUCUCCAACCCUGCUGGUUUUCAGUAUAUUGAAGCUAGUGUAAUUUGAAAGAAAAAAUGAAAAAAUGGAACAAAAAGUAUUCAAAUUAUGCAGCAUUAGAAGAAAAUUUUUAGUUCUGUUUUACUUUGUUUCUUCAAUUAAUCUUGAUUAAAGUUUAAAAAAAAAAAAAAAACUUAGGCAUUAGGGACAGUUACUUUUUCCGCAUUGGUUUUCCCAGAUUUUGCUUUUGAACUAGGAUACUGGUAGUUGUGGUGUCCGAAUGGUUGUGCAUGUGCCCGUCUACUAGUCACACUGCUUCGUUUACUGUGUAACUGCUACAGUUUCCCAUCUAUGAUAAGUGUGCAGAACAGCACACAGGAGCUGCCAUCGUCAUCCUUCAUACCUGCCGCUCAGAAAAGGCCAGCUGCCAGCACUGUUUUAGCUAAUGAGGCGGCAGCCUGUUCCUUCUAAACAUUGCCUGCCUGAAUAGCUGGCAGAAGGAAGUUUGUUUUUGCUGGAACUACACUGACCCAUACAAUAUCCCCAGCAAAAAAUAUAAGAAUUAUUUUGAAUAUGGAUGUUUCGCUGAUGCUAGAGCCCUUUUAUUUUUUCCUCACACUAAUGUAGUAGUAGCCUUUAAGUUUGUGGUGGAGGAUUGUAAAUAAUAAAAAAAGCAGCAAAAAUAUUCAGGGGAAACAAAAUUAAAAACAUUUUGCAUACUAAACAAAAGAUAUAAGAAAUUAGUUUGAUUGGGAGAGAAAUGAUUCUUUAUGGUAAUUCUUGUUUCUGAACUUAAUAUUAAAAAGAAAUUGGUGCUAUAAGAUACUUAUUUGGGACAAACGACAUCUGUAGCAGUUACAAAUGGAUAUUGUGGCCGUGAUUUUGUAGGUCAUGUAGCUUUGUUUGUCGUUAUUCCAGAGUGUGAGGAUCAGUUAAUACUACAAAAAGCAAGUUUUUAAAAAAAAAAAAGUGUGACUGCUGUAAUGACUCGCUUUGUGUGGCUUGGUUUUCUUUAAUAUUAUUUAAGCUACCAAAUUUGCAUAUUUAAAUGCCUCAAAACACAAGUACACAAUUUCUUACAUUUAAACAAGUAGCAACAAAUUCAAACUGCCUGCCUGCAAAGAGAUGGUUUUAAAUUCCUAUUGGAUCUGUUCUACAGUGUCAAACAUCACACGAUAUAUGCUUCUUUUUUUUGGCAGCAAACCGACUGCAAAGGGCAACCAGAAUAUAGACACUAAUACAAAACAUAUAAACUUUGUAGAACUAAAUUUAAAAUCCAUUUCAAGGUAACAUUCAAUUUAAGUUCACCCAGAGCAAAAAAGAUUUUUUUUUUUUGUUUUCUUUUUUCUUAGUAUGCAAAAUAUUUUUAAGUGUGUAUGUAUGUGUCUUAAUGUGUUGACACUGGUUCAUCAGUAGUGUAUGAGGCAUCAAGUUCAAACAAUUUGAAUGUUUAUUUGCAUUGACAUAAGUGUAAAUCCAUUCAAGCCGUAACCCUACUUCACAUUAGUUUUAAAAAAUGAGGUGUGGUAACUAAUAUAUUUUAUGGUCUGUGCUUGGGGAGUUGGGCCUUUAUAGUCUGCACAGUCCACAUCCAUGUCCUGUACAUUUUCAUAUGUUCUGUUCUCUUUAAAAAUGGGUGAAAGUGUAAAUUACAUUUGUUCCUGGAAGACAAUUUUGCAUAUUUCGAAACCAAAAAACGUUGAAAGGAAAAAAUAAGUUGACAUUAUCCCUUUCACCCACCUCAAGUCCAUAUGUCCUGUAAGUCUCUGUUGUAUAGUCCCAGAACUUAAUCGGUCAUAAAUGUAUGGUCACAGGCCAAAGUUGGCUUCCCUUCAUUUAGAACAUAUUCUGUAUUGAGCUGUACUCACCUUUUCAGAGAAUAACAAUGGAAUUCAGUUUUACAAAAAUAUGCAGAAGGAGUUGAUAGUAGUUUGGCCAUUCAGUGAUGGUGUGUGAGGCAUUCCCUAUGUUUGGAAUUGUUGAAUCAAACUUGGCAAUUUUAGUUUAAUGAAGGACAUGACUUAAAUGAAGGGAAAAGAAUACUUCAGCCUAUGACUGUACAUUAUUAUAAGAAGCAUUACUGUGAUUGUAACACUCAAUAUUUUGUAUUUUAUUUAUUGACAGGUUUCCUUUAAGGUAGCAUGUGCUUUAUCUCAAAGCUUUCUGAUUUUGUGUAUUGCACUUAAGGUUACCUUUUGGAUCAGAAAGACUGCAAAGGAGUUGUGCUGACACACGGCCUCCUGCCUGGCUGUGAUCAAUGUGGCAGCGCAUGCAAUGGGGCAAAAUGCAAAAGGAUAUAUUGCAAACAGUGAUCCACUCAUAUUAUUUUGCAUGAAGCUUAUCUUUUGAUUGGGGGGGGGGGGGGAAGGAGAAAUGAAGGUUACGGAGUGUUUCAAAUAGAUGCCGCACGUCAGCGUUACACUCCGGCACCAUUCAAUUCUGUUAGAAAAAGUAUAUACUUUGAAAACAAAAGUUUUAAGUACAAAUGACAAGAGGGUGUGGCAGUAAUUGUUUAAUUUUAUUUUGUGUGUUUGAGAGUGUAUUUUUGUGUGUGUGCAUUCAUGUGAGUGAAAGAGACCAAGUCACAAAGCACUUAAAGGGGUAAUUUGAAGGAACGUUCAUUCAGACAUUUGUUUUCCCCCGUGUUUGGUUAAAAUUUUGUGUAAACAGGUGGAGGAAACAUGAAGUAUGCAUGAUAAAGCAUAUUUAAAGGCUAACAGUUGAGAUUUAACUACUCUGUGACCUGAACAACAGAACAUACCCAGCACUGAGAAUCUGAAUUGUCCUUGUAUCUCCAUUCCUUCUUGGUAAACACCCCCAGCCCUUCCUUCUCCUCCCCUUGUUUCAAGUGGUUGUAUAGUUCUCAGUUCAUGUGUGCCCCAGAGUAAAUGAUUUUGUUUCAUUGUGGAGUUUCUUAACAUCUAAUAAAGGAAUAAACCAGUCAA